GAGACCCUCAAGCCCCAUGAGGGGGCCCGCCCCGUCCGGGCCAUCUUUCUGGCCGAUGGCCGCGUCUUCACCACCGGCUUCAGCAAGAUGAGCGAGCGUCAGCUGGCACUCUGGGACUUGAAGAACUUUGAGGAGCCCAUCGCCCUGCAGGAGAUGGACACCAGCAACGGCGUUCUCCUGCCCUUUUACGACCCCGAUUCCAGCAUAGUCUACCUGUGUGGAAAGGGGGACAGCAGCAUCCGCUACUUCGAGAUCACGGACGAGGCGCCUUACGUCCACUACCUGAGCACCUACAGCAGCAAGGAGCCCCAGCGGGGGAUGGGCUUCAUGCCCAAACGGGGGCUGGACGUCAGCAAGUGCGAAAUCGCCAGGUUUUACAAGCUGCACGAACGGAAAUGUGAGCCCAUUGUUAUGACUGUACCACGAAAGUCGGACCUCUUCCAGGAUGACUUGUACCCGGACACCCCUGGCCCCGAGCCGGCCCUGGAGGCGGAGGAAUGGCUGGCCGGGAAAGACGCGGAGCCCCUCCUGGUCUCCUUGCGUGACGGCUACGUCCCCCUCAAGAACCGCGAGCUCAAAGUCAGUAAGAAGAACAUCCUGGACAGCAAGCCCCCGCCCGGCUCCCGCAGGGGCCUCUCCGCCUGCGACGCCAAUUUUUCUACCUCCACCCUCGAGGACCUCUUGCAAGAAAUCCGCACUCUGCGCCAGACCAUCCAAGAUCACGAGAAGCGCAUCACCGACCUGGAAAACACUCUCUGCGAACUCGCAGACGUGACGGACUAG